UGCUUUCAGCAUUUUCUACCAUGAGCAAAGCAGAUAUCAGCCACUGUGUGUAAACUACUGACAGUGACUGUACUUGGAGGAACAGAAGCAGGCCUUGGGGAGCUUCCAGCAGCAGUCACCAUGAUCGACCUGAGUUUCCUGACAGAGGAGGAGCAGGAAACUAUCCUGGCAGUGUUGAAGAGAGAUGCUGAGCUGAAGAAGGCUGAGGAGCACCGUGUCCUGGAGCUACAGAGGAGUGUGAAUGACAAGGGCCAGCUGAGGUACCUGACUGGAGAAUGGUUCUACGAGACCAAGCAGCUUCGUCAUCAGGAUCGCAUCCAUGGCUCUGACGUCAUCAGGGUCUCCAUGAGACACACACAUAAACCACUCACUAUAUUGGAGCUCUCUCAGACAUUGCCUGAGCAGACCAGUUUUGUCAGCAGUGAAAAUAAAGAAGUGUUUGUCCCACCUGUUCUCUGUGGACUCCUGCAGGAGCCUCCCUUCUCCCAGAACCCUUAUGACCCACCACCUGAUACAUGUAAACCAGCUGUGCAGUCACCCACAAAGAGGAAAAAUCCCUUUGACAGUGAUCUCAAUGCCCAGCACACUUUUGAAGAGCAGAGCAGUCAGUUGUUGGAUGGAGAAGUCGAUCAAACCCAGAAACAAAAUGAGGAGCCUUUACCAUCAUCUUACUGCUCCAUUUCUUAUGAUAACCUUAGACAAGACAUGAGCCUGGUCACCCAAAAUGCAUCUGUUCUUAUGUCAAUGCCUGAAAACACAGCAUCCAGCACCAGCUAUCAGGAGCAUUUUUCUGAGGUAGAUGGACCAGUAGGUAAACAGCCUAACUCUAGCGCUCUGAGGGGCAUCCUGAAGCAAUUUUACGCUUCCAUCUCCGCAAAAUCUCUGUUAUCUCCUGUGGACCUGCAGAAUCCAGUGAGUCUGGAUUCUACUGCUGAGAUAGACAGGAAGCAGGUGAGGUUCAGCUCAAUGGUCAGUCAGAGCGGAGUGGAGUGGCAGAAUGGGAAGGAGCUGGGAGAGCACAGUUUGCUUGACGUGGACUCCAUCACUCUCUCCGAGACGGAAAAUAACCGUGUCAAUAACUGUUACCUUGAGAAAACUGGCUGUACCACCUCAGGCACACACAGGGCAAUACUCAACCAGUGUGGAGUGGAUUCACAAGAAGGUGAAGUCAGUUUCAGAAAUGAGGCAAAGCUGCGAGAGCAAGAAACUGGACAACAGCAGGUCCUUGGUGGUGUCUUUGAGCACUGUCAUCCGGAGCUCCUAAGCCCUGCAGUGUCUAGCUUUGUUGCUGCUGAGCAGGUGCCAGGUAAGCCUGUUUACCUGGAGACAGAGCCUGAAGAGGAACAUCACUCUCAGGCUCAGCCCACAGAUUGGCCAACCAGACACAACAUUCAUCAUCAAAACCUGCCUGAACAAAGCAAUGACAUUUCUGUUGACGCCCCCUCAGAUACCACGCCACCAAAAAGUGUCAGCUCAGGGAAUUCAUCUCAUGCUGUUUCACCACAGCCUAUACAAAAACUACUUGGAAUUUUUAGAAGACAGAAAGAGAAAAUAGCUAAAGUGCAGGGUCCACAGAAAGAAGAACUGACGAUGAAGAAGAGAAGAAACAAAGAACCAGGCAACGCACCAAAUAUUUCCCUAGGUGCUACAGAUACGACUAUGGAUAAACCUGCAAGAGUCAAACAUGAAGCUAAACCCUUUGAAAUGACAGAGGUCAGAACAUUACAACUCGCAGCACUGCAGAACACUUCAUUUGAGGAGACCACGAUAGAUGUAGACACUAAGCAGGAUGCAACAGACGGGAAAGCUGUCCAGUUUCCAGAGAGACUAUCCAUCCUGAAAGCUUUCUGGGAGAGAGAAAACACUGGUCCCAAAAUCAAAUUUCUCAGAGAAGAGACAAGGCAAGGAAACAUCUCCAAGACAGGAGACACUUCACAUGACCCUCAGACAUAUGCGGAGAGCUUAAACAAUAUUUUAGCUCAAAAAGAUACAGCUGACGAUACAGCUGGCAGGUCCCAAGAAAAUAUUUUGUCACCACAACCUGAAUGUAGCCUCGUUGUAGUUCUAUCAAACGAGGAUGGCACAUAUAGAGCUAAUCCAGUGCUCAUAUAUGAAGACACAGAUGACUCUUUUACAGGUUCAGUAACAGAGUCACAGGAAAUCACUCCGUUAAAUGCUCAAAAGCAGCAGGAGGGCGAUCCAGUCUCUCUUCCCAGUCAGUCCAGUUCCAGUCCUCAAGAGAACAGGCCGGCCAAGAUCACUGAGCUUGAGAAUUUCAUGCAGACAGAAUAUACUGGACCCAAGGAAAACAUUGCAAUCGACAAGAGUGCCUCAAUCAGCUCAAUACUCUCCGACAAAAUUGUUUCUACACAGUCUGAUAUGAGAACAUCUUUAGAUAACAGAGAGAACUCUGAAGGAGAAGAUCAAAAGUGUCCAUGUAAAACCAUGUCAAAAGUGACAGACAAAGGUUUUGUUAGUCAGAGUCCAGACAGGCCACAGCUGAGAAGUUCGGGCAGUACUGGGGAUGCACAGUCAACCUGUCAACAAGUCAAGGCGGAUGCAGAGUCUCAAAAAAUGCCCCUCAGUCCCAGUAAAUCCCAGAUGCCAAGAUCAAAAGACAAGGAUGAAGAAGUCAGAAUGAGUCCAUCUAAGACUUGCCACCCAAGGGUCCUACCAAGAGAAUCCUCCAGUCCUACGAGACCGAGGCUGGAGGGAUCUCCCUUGAAAACCUUUCCAAUAGACAUCAACCCUCAAACUAAAGCCUUUGAAGAGCAACAAAGGAAGCCAUCACCAGUGCCAAGACAGAGGAAGAGUCCCUCACAUGGAGCAAAGCAAACACCAUCAACAGAUAUUAAACCUAACACAGACAGCCCCUCAUGCCCUCUACCCUUAAGUCCAGAGGACAGAGAGCAUCACUAUGAUAACGCACUACAAAGUAAUUCAAGUUCCUCUAAUUCAUUACAGUCCAAAACAGCUUCAAAGCAGAAACUGGGGACCUUUACAAGCCUUGCCAGAUCUUUUAUCCCUCAGGAUUAUCAGCACUACCUUGGGCCACAGAAGAUGGCCCAUGUCCCUCCUUUUCACCAAGAGAAAGACGCUGCUGGUGAGACUGAUGUGGUACACAGACCACAACGUUUCCUCAGAGACUUAGUAGGUAACAAGAGUGACAAUUCCACUGUGGGAAAUCUUCCUAGAAGCAAUUCUUGGAUUGUGCUAAAUAAAGACAGAAACUCCAGCCAAGACACAACAACCAGGGCCAGGUGCCUGUCUGGGGCAAGUUCAGGCGGUUAUGAUGAGAGUCCCAUCAUGUCAGCUCUGAAACGAUUAUCUUCCAGGAUGUCUUCAUCCAAAAGUCUGGAAAACCUCACCUCACAACCAAGAGAAGAGAGGAGCACACAUGAAUCUAGACAGCAAAGUGUGGAUGAUGUUUCAUCACUUCCACCUUCAGCCUCUACUCUGUCCAACUCAAAGCAGAAACAGACCAGUGUGUCAGUGCCUGUUCUCCAGCAGGACGAGACAGACAGCGACAGCACUUCUGAGACCAACUUGGGCUGGAGAAGAAACACAGGCAGCUCCACAUCGAACAUCAGUCUCUCCUCAGGAAUGGCGUCCAUGUCUUCUGUCAGUGGCAGCACCAGCAGCAUUUACCCUGGAGACUUCGGUGACAUUGAAGUCCAGGGAAACAUCCAGUUUGCUGUGAACUACAUCCAGAAGCUCGGAGAAUUUCACAUCUUUGUGGUGCACUGCAGGGAACUGGCCGUGGCCGACGCCAAGAAGAGCCGCUCUGACCCGUAUGUGAAAUGUUACUUACUUCCUGACAAAACAAAGUUGGGGAAGAGAAAAACCACGGUAAAAAAGAAGACUUUAAACCCCAACUACAAUGAAAUCCUUCGAUUUAAGAUCAUAAUACAGAUGUUAAAAACUCUGAAUCUGAAUGUGUCCGUGUGGCACAACGAUACCUUUGGGCGGAACAGCUUCUUGGGUGAAGUGGACCUGGAUCUGUCAGAGUGGGACUUCAACAACACACAGAUAAAUGAAUACACAUUAAAAUCCAGGGUGUCAGCACAAUCCUCAGACUACCCGUCUCCCUCCCUUCUGAUAGACAGCAGAGGACAGAUGAGAGUGGCCCUGAGAUUCCUGCCGCAGACUUCCCACAGUAAGAGAACAUCUAGGUUGGAGACUGGUGAGGUGCAGAUUUGGGUGAAAGAUUGCAAGAAUCUCCCUUCAAUCAGAGGAGUGAUCAUCGACCCGUUUGUGAAAUGCACUGUGCUACCUGACACAAGCAGGAAAAGCCGCCAGAAGACGCGGGUGGUGAAGAGGACGGCCAACCCCAUGUUCAACCACACUAUGGUGUACGACGGCUUCCGAACGGAGGACCUCAGAGAGGCCUGUGUGGAGAUCACAGUGUGGGAUCACGACAGACUGAGCAGCCACUACAUCGGCGGCCUCAGGCUUGGGCUCGGGACAGGGAAGAGUUAUGGGGUGGAGGUGGUUUGGAUGGAUUCGACGACCGGCGAAGCAAAUUUAUGGCAGAGGAUGUUAGAGUCUGAUGGGGAAUGGGUGGAGGAUGUUUUACCUCUGAGAAUGUUUGUGCUGGCAAAAAGCAUGUCAAAGUGAGAGUGUGUGAAGUGUGAUAGAUGUGUGGAAACUGAAUGUACAGUUGGAUCUACACUUCGAGUGAAAGCAGCCACCUUAAUGAGCACUGUGUAUCUAUCUGUAUGACAGAUGAUCAUCUACGAUAAAUUAAUAUGAAUAAAUCCAUAUUUAUGAUAUAAACCACUUGGGUUUAUAUAGGCUGAACUACAUGAUAAAUUUGCCAUCUGGAAAUGAUUAUUUGUAGAAAUAAUACAAAAUAGUGCAGAAGACACAAUCAAAGUUAUUAAAUUGUUGUGAUCUGAAGAUACAUCCAAU